AUGAAGUUGUUCCUUACUGUUCUCGCCCUAACUACUGCGGUCGCACUUGGUGCACCACACGCUCCGCCACGUGGACCACUUGGUAAAAUUAUUCAUCAUCUUUUGCCACACCCGUCAGGACCUCCGCCACCUCCACCAAGCGGUGCCCCACCAAGCGGACAACCUCCACUUCCACCAAGCGGUGCCCCACCAAGCGGACCUCCACCACCUCCACCAAGCGGAGCCCCACCAAGCGGUGCCCCACCAAGCGGACCUCCACCACCUCCACCAAGCGGUGCCCCACCAAGCGGAGCCCCACCAAGCGGAGCCCCGCCAAGCGGACCACCACCAAGCGGACAACCUCCACUCCCGCCAAGCGGAGCCCCGCCAAGCGGACCACCACCAAGCGGACAACCUCCACUCCCGCCAAGCGGUGCCCCACCAAGCGGUGCCCCACCAAGCGGCCCACCACCUUCCGGCUCCCCAGCCCCAUCUGAUGAACCAGCCAGCAUCUUCAAUCUCUUCGGACUUCUCGCUCAACAACACCCACAUCCAUCUGGCCCACCACCAAGCGGACCUCCACCAAGCGGACCUCCGCCAAGUGGACCACCAAGCGCCUAA